GGGCGGGCGCUGAGGGAGGCGCUGCAGAGAGCGGGGCAGGCGCCAGGAGAGGACGAGGGGCUGCGGGAGCUGCUGAGGCGGCGCAGGGACAGAAAGUCUCGAUGGUCCCUGGAAGUGGCUCAUGUUCCACCGGCCCGUGCCCCCCCGAUCCAGGACGGGCCACAUUCCCGCCCUUCCCUUGACCCAUCCCCUGCCAGUUCGGGGUUGGAACAGGGCAGGAGGAGGAGGAAGGGAGGAAGAGGCGAAGCGGCAGCAGAAGCAGGAGGGGACAAGAACCGAUUCGAGCGCUGCCCGGAGCUGCCUGAACUCGCAGCGGCCCCGGGACCAUCGCCCCCCAUCCCGCAGGAUUUCGCAAUAUUAGCCAUUAGCCCGAUGGAGGAGGAGGAGGCUGCGAGGAAGAGGAAGAUUGCCCAGGAGCCCCAGGCAGACAAGGAGCUGAGCACGGAGACCAGGAAGGACAAAACCCUGUGGCAGAAUCUGGUGGAAGAGGCCGUUUGCAGCAGCUCCACGGCGCAGGAAUCCUUCGGGGAGGAAAAGCCGCAGAGAUCCCGCACCAGGAGGGGCUGCAAACGCAGAUUGUGGGGAUCUGAGGAGGAAAGACCCAGCCUGGGCCGGGCAGGCGGCCGGAGAUGGAGCCAGAGCUUGGACCUGGUGGUCCAUGAGCAGCUUCAUGAUGGGGAGAAGCGCCACAAGUGCUCAGAGUGUGGGAUGAGCUUCACAGGGUCUCCCUUGAGCCGAGGCAGCUCCCACCAAAGACCCUGCCCUGAUUCAAUUCCCAGUACAGGAGCUGCAACGGCCAUGGGUGAAGUUCUGAAGGCUGGCAGUGAAAUGUCCCUGUAAGAUCUUGCUGCACUUGGCUUUUGGCCCCUUCUGAAGAGCUUUGCCUUCAAGGGCAGGAACAUCUUUUCCUGGCUGGGAACUGGAAUUCCAGAGCCUGGCAGUGUGAGCCAUGCAGGAUCAUGCAGACUGGGAUCAUGGGGGCUAGGAUGACAUGGACUGGGAUCCUCCAGACCGGGACUGCACAGACUGGGACCAGAUGGAUCAGGGCCAUGCAGAGUGGGAUUGUACAAACAGGAAUCACAUGGACUGGGAUUGUACAAACUGGGAUUGCAUGGAUUCGGAUUGUAUAAACUGGGACCAUAUGGACCGGGAUGGCUGCUCCAGAACGAUGCGAACGGAGGUGGUCCCCCCCCACCCAGGGGGCCCUCCCAGUCUCGCAUGGGAGCACAGCCAGAAGUCCCCAGAGUUAAUGUGGAGGUCCCAGAGUGCUCACAGUGUGAUCCUGUCCUGGUGCCAGCCUCAGUCUCACUCUCAGUCUCAGAGCACUCCUGGUGUCAGCCUCAGUUUUGGUUCUGAUCCCAGUGUCGAUCUCAGUCUUGGCGCAGUCCCCAAGUGCUCCGUGUGCUCAUUCCGGUCCUGGUGUCAGUCUCGAUCCCAGAGUGGUGCUGGUCUCAGUCCCAGUGGGUCUUACAGUCUCGCCAGUCUCGGUGUUGGUUCUGGUGCCGCUCUCAGUCUCAGUCCUGGAGUUCUCCCAUUGCCGGUUCUAGUGUCUGUCUUGGUCUCAGUCUUGGUCCCAGUUCCAGUUCUGGGGCUUGUUUGGGCUCGGUCUCAGUCCCAGUGCCAGUGGCGGUCUUGUAGAUGUGCCGGUUUCUGUUCUGGUGUCAGUUCUGUUCGCAGUUUUGGUCUUGGUUCCAGUCCUGGGCCAUUUUAUCAGUGAUAGAGAGGGAGACAGAGACUUCAGCUCAUGAUCAGAAUCCAAAAUUUAUUGUGAGCUACAUUUUCUUAUGCAGCAUUUUUAGGAAGGCAGUAAUUUUUUACUACAUUAAUUGGGUUAAACAUCACCCAGACAAACUUUACAUUUCUCCUUAUUUAGUUCAAUCCUCUUUUCUGCUGCCAGUCUUGAUCCAAUCUCCUUGUAACCACCGAAGCUCUGUUUGUUCUUGCCAGGGUGUCCUGGUUAUCAAACUGCAAAUGCCAAUUAAAUCCACAGCACUCUCUGUCUCAGCUUCCACAGUGCUGGUCUCAGUCUGGGUCCGAUAGCGGCGCCAGUCUCGGUGCCAGUGCCGGUUCUGUUUUCAGUCUUGGACUCAAUGUCAGUCUUGGUCUCAGUUUUAGAGCAGCCCCAGUCCCAGUGCUGGUACUGGUGUCAAUGUUGGUCUUGGCGUGCUCCCAGUGCCAAUCUCAGUCUCAGGCCCGGUCCCACAUUGGUGCCAGUCUCGGUUCUGGUGCCAGUAUCAGUCUUGGUGGUGGUUCUGGUGCCGCUGUCAGUCUCAGUCCUGGAGUUCUCCCGAUGCUGGUUCCAGUCCCAGACCAGCCCUGGAGCUCUGCUAGUGCUGGUCCAAGUAUUGGCGUUGGUCUCAGUCCCAGUCAUUGUUCCAGUUCUGGAGCGAUGCUGGUCUCAGUUCUGGUGUUGGUUCUGUUCCCAGUCUUGAUCUCUGUUGGAGAAGAUGAAAUGGGGGAAUCUUGCAAAUAUGAAUGGUCUGAUUCUGGGAAUAUAGAAACCAUGAAUGAAAUUGAAAUGAAAGCUACGUUUGAGAUACCUAGCCCUAGUUACUGAAUAAACAGGUACACAAUAGGAUGGCUUGCUGAAGCUAAUCCACUCUUAAUUAAGCAAUGCUUUUGGCCAUAGGGCAAGGCCAAAAGACACAAAAGACUGGCCAGUACCCAAAUAUUAGAUCUUAGAGUUUAGAAUAUCACACACUAUGCUAAUAUAAGGAUUCCUAUAGGCUGCAUGUAAAUGCUAUAGAAUUAGUAUUUUGUAUUAGAUUGGUUCUUACGGAUCAGAAUAUUCAUGAUGGAAAUGGGUUUAUUGUGUUACAAAUGGGAAGUCGCUCUCUUUUUCUUCCUCUCUCCUUCCUCUUUACUCUCUCUCUCUACCCUCCCUCUUCUCUCUUUCUUUCCCCCCUUUUAUCUCUUUAAUCUGCAUGUGGCUUUGCCAGGCAGCUCCUAGCAGACUCUUAUAAUAAACUGCAACUGUAGCUUUUAGCAUUU